AUGUCCAUUAAAAAAGAAGUUAUAAAAUUAAUUGUUUUUGGAGGUGUUUUUGGGGUAGGUAGUUCAGCCAUUGUAAUUCAAUUUGUCUCAGGCCAUUUUGUUACAAUUUAUGACCCAGGUAUUGAAGAAGCAUAUGUAAAGGUAAUUCAAGUUGAUAACAGUAGUAUCAAAUUAGAAAUAUAUGAUACAUACGUAGAUGAGUUCGUCGCAUUGAGAGAUCAAUACAUAAAAUAUGGAGAUGGAUUUGUAUUGAUAUAUUCUAUUACAUCAAAAGAAUCAUUUGAAGAAAUAAAAGGAAUUUAUGAAGAAAUUUAUCGAGUUAAACACAAAGAUAAGAAUGAACCAAUUCCAAUUAUUAUAGUUGGAAAUAAAUGUGACUUAGAAAAUGAAAGAGAAGUAACAAAAGAAGAAGGUAUGAAUUAUGCAGACAAUAUCAACUGUCCAUUUAUUGAAUGUAGUGCUAAAACAAACGAAAACAUCAAUCAAAUCUUUGAAACAAUCACAAGAAAUAUUCUUGAACAAAAAUAUCAAAGAGAAGAAGAAGAAAUAUGGACAAUAAAAAAACCUCAAAGAGAGAAAGGAUGUUGUGUUGUUUAA